CGCUGUAUGUACUGUAAAUAUAGCCCAUAGCAGAUGUAGCUUAGCCAUGGGGAGCGCGGGUCGUGCAAGUACUGUCGUCUGCUCAGUGUUUCUAAUUACCGCUUUACUCCUCAAAAUUCACCUUGCAGCGGCAGACGAUGAGAAAGUUGAUUUGAAAGAACACGCUGAACAUUUCUACGGAUCUAAUCAGGACAAUAAGGACGGGGAUUGCCCAGAAUCAGACGGGGAAAAUGGAAUUUCCGAGGAGUCGGAUACUACGUUGGAAAGAGAGAAGGAAGUCCCGGUGAAGUUGACGCGACUGGACGGUGUACAGGUGGGGCACAUCCAGGAAAUCAAUCUCACGCCCGGUCGAUCACAUUCUCUACAUACAGUCAACAUGAAACCAUUAAUCUUUGAGAUUCCAGACUUCUUUUCUAACGAAGAAUGCCAGCACAUCAUACGGCUUGGCCAGGAGCAGGGUCUUGAAGUAAGCUCCACCCAUCAAAUCACCGCGGACAACACGCUCCGCCUCCUGGAUACGAACGGGGACCAAAGACUGAGUCUUCAAGAAAUGAGGAGAACGAUCGAGGAUGGCUAUGAUAUCUACCUUAAUGACGACGACAUCAGAGAAAUGUACUUCCGUCUCAAGUUGGAUCCGAAUCAGGAUGACUUCAUCAGUCGAUCGGAGUCGUCUGGUCUGAAGGUGCGUCAGUUGGCAGCAUACAUCAAGGACCUGGUCAGCAAGAAUCCCAUCAAGAAGUCUAGGUACAGCGAACAGACCUGGAUCUACCCGGAUAGGACCAAGGAUGACCUGGUCGCUGAGUUCCAAAGAAGGUUACUGAAAUUGACCAGGCUUCCUGAGCAGCUCAUCAACAAGUACAGCUUCUUUCAGGUGGUCAAGUAUGGCCCCCACGGUCACUAUAAUGCCCACUUGGACUCGGCCGGAGACACCAAAGGACUGCCGUGUUGUCAUCUGGUCACUACCAAGAAAUGCCGAAUUUGUAGGUACAUGACUAUAAUGGUUUACCUGAAUGAUGUCGAAGAAGGAGGGGAAACAGCAUUUGUAGUGGCUAACAAUGACACCUUUAGCGAUCAGACGCUUCGCAACAGCGGCAACAUCAACCUGAACAACCACUGCAGGGAGUCGAAGCUUCACGUUAGACCGCAGAAAGGCAAGGCGGUCAUCUGGUACAACCACUUCAUCGACGAGGAGACGGGAUGGUUCGGAGACGUGGAUAACUUUACCUGGCACGGGGGUUGUCCAGUUAUCAAGGGAGAGAAAUGGAUAAUGAAUAGAUGGAUCUGCGCAAGCAAUGACCGGGAGGUGGAUCUCGCGUAGUCUGCGGGGAGAGACUGAUUUUUCACACCUUAAAGCCCCUCUGCACUAGUUUAAUUAACAUUAAAAAAAGGGCAUCAUGGGGGAUCAAU